AUGUCGAGCGCACACCCGAACAACACUGGCGGGACGUACACGCAGACCGGGACAAAACACUCAGAUCCUUAUAAGGAGAAGAACUUGGAUAAUGAGUGCCCGCUGAAGGACAAGGUGCAGGAUUUGGUGGAGUUUGUAGAGGGAUUGAAGUUUGGAUUGAUGACGACUCGACAGAGGGAUUCAGGGUAUUUGGAGGAUGGAAUCGAUUUCCUAUUCCACACAAACACCGAGAGCGGGAAGACUGACGAAUUGGCAACUGAUCCUCACGUAAACUUAGGGUUUAUCAAGAGUUCAACAGGUGAAUGGGCUUCCAUUAGCGGAAUCGCGGAUAUUGACAACCACAAAGAGAAAGUGAAGCAGUACUAUACCCCUACCCUCAAAGCUUGGGUUGGAGAUCUUGGCGACGGGGUUCACAACGGAGGCCCUGAUGACCCUCGUUUGGCUGUUAUCAAGGUCCACGCGAAGACAGCGACGUAUGCGAUUCAGAAAGGAACCGCUAUUUCACGGGGUAUUGAGAUCGCUAAAGGCACCAUUACCGGAAAUGCUGCAAGCACGAAUAGGCUGAGAGAGUUGACGGAGGAAGAACUGAACACAUUUAGGGCUAGUCAGCAGUUGAUUUCGUAG